UGGAGUCUCCCAGAUCAGGUUAUGUCAAAAUUAUUUGUUAAGAACAAUAACAAGAUAUAAUUACAGUUGUUUAUUGACUGAAAGUCCAGGGAGAGGCGAAAAUGUCGACGAGAUGGUAUCCAAUUUAUUCAAAAGGAAAUCCUCAACUUCGAGUAUUUCUUCCGAAUUUCUGGAUGAAAAUUGUGAAAGGCAAGUACAAACUACCAGCGAACACCGUUGAAUUCCAUUGCUCGAUGGAGAUGACUAAACUCGAUGUCAAGAAUUAUUUAGAGAAAAUUUAUAAAAUACCAGUUAUUGACAUUAGAACGAGGAUAAAAAUGGGAAAAUUCAGGUAUGCUGCCACCGGUGGAUACGUUGUCAAGGAUGAUGAUAUCAAAGUUGCUUAUGCAAUUCUGCCCAAAGAUCACAAAUUCGUGUUCCCCGAACUUUUCGACAAAGAAGAGGAGAAAGCAUCUGAGAAAGAAGAGAAACAAACCCUUAAAGAGAUGGAGAAUGGCUUCAAGAAAUUCUUGAAGACCAACAACAAGCCUGGCAUCCCAGGGUGGUUCGGACUAUAAAUAUUUAGGUAUUAAUUCAAAUGUAAACGAUAAUCUGUGAAUAAAAAAUUUAACCAAGAA